AUGAACGAAAAUACAAAUAAAAAUGUACUUUUUGAUAGUAUUUUUAUCGAAACCCAUUCUAAAUUAACUGCUUUAAAUAAUGAGUUUAAUAAGUUAUAUAAAUAUUAUAAUACAGUUGAAGAUAGCGAUGAAUUAGUAAAUGAGGAAGCGCUUUUUGUUGAAAACCAGACAAGUAAUAGUAAUAUAAUAGAGCAAAUUGAGAGUUUUGA